UUUGUCUCCCAGUUUGGACCCUGCACGAUGGAACAGCAGCGUUGCCUCAGUUCUGUCCCCGGGAUGGUGAAUCCGGUGUUGAUUCUGUGCUGCAGAGAAGCACAGCUGAACACUGAGUGGAGGGAGGGGCACCGGGGAGGAGGGAGAAGCUGCAGAUCCAGAGCGUGCUAAAAGCGUCCAUUUCACCCUGCUCAGUGAAAAGCAAGCAUCAAGGACGGCUUUCCCAGGCUUCUGACAUCAUAUGGAAGUAGUUCAGGAGGUGGUUGGGAUGGCUCCUGCCAGGCUGUGGUGGUGGGACUGUAGCUACACAGAGGCAAUUUCUAACCCUUUCUAAUGGUCCAGUAUACACAUUAACCACUGAAAAGCAUCUGGGAGCUUUGUAUGCAUUAUUAUUCCUAAAAAAGGGAUGGGAAGCUCAGGGUCUGAGGACAAUAAAGAAGCUGCCAGGUUAGUGCAGUGUCCUGUGUGGAAGCAGCAGCUGGUGUUGGAGCCCAGCAGAAGGCACUGGAAUUGCCUCAGCACGUUGCUGUGCAGCUGCCUCAGCCUUGGGGAAGCUUCUUUUGCUUGUUCCUGGUUGCCCAUCUUAGGUUUUGAGGCAUGUGGAUCGACUGGUUUUGCACUUGUCUGCUGGAAUAGUUUGGAAUAUCCUGUUUGUGUCUGCUCUUAUUUUCUUUCUGCUUUCUGAUCCUGUUGGGAUUUGCCAUAAGUAACAUCUGUAGCUUGUGAAGCUCCACUGGUGUGUUGUGAUGAGGUGUCAUCCCCAGGUGACCAGGAGUUCAUCUGAUUGCACUGUGAGGUGGCAGAGAAGAGCAUAUCUCUGUGCCCUCCUUAAAAUCCAGACCAGUUUGGGUUGGAAGGGACUCUUAAGGCUCACCUCAUUCCACCCCUCUGCCAUGGGCAGGGACACCUUCCCCUAUCCCAGGUUGCUCCAAGCCCUGUCCAACCUGGCCUUAAACAUUUGCAGGAAUGAGGCAGAUUCUUUGGGCAACCUAUGCCUCACUGCCCCACAGGGAAGGCUUUCUCACUAAUAUCCAAUCUAAAUUUCUCCUCUUUUAUUUUGUCCUAUCACAUAUUAGUCCCUCUCAAUAGCCUGUCUGGCCCUUGCUACUCCCUCAAACUCAAACUCUCUGUUCUCUGUGCUUCUGACCUCUAUUUCUCAUCUUGAAAUGCUGCAUCCUUUCCCUGACACAAUGUCCUGCACAGCUGGAAGGUCCUUUGUCCAUUCAGGGUCUGCUGUUCCUGCUUUUGGCACAAAAUUCUCAGCUACACUGAGAAAAAGACACUGAUGACAUCUGUGAUGGAAUCGUGUCAGUAUUUUAAAGCUAAUUUGGAUUAGAGCGAGGUGUGAAGUUAUUCCAAAAUACCUCCAGUGCUUGCUGUUGGAUCAGUCUUAUUCUGGGAUAGGAAUGCUUGUUUCAAUUUAGCUUAAUCCUUUUUCAAAGCUAACUAAUCUAAACCAUGCCAAGGCACUCUUCUGGAACGUGCCAGAGUGUAGUUACUCAAAAGAAACCUGACAUCCAGAGGAACCCACUGCCCAUUCCUCUGUGUGGAUAUGGCUGUGCUGCUCUGGAGGCACGUUUAGCUCAGUGAGAGGGCAGACCUGGAAAGGAAAUUAAGGUUUUAAUCAGGUAGUUGCUUUAUAAAAGGAAUUUGAAGUGGUUUUGAAAGUGAGAAGAGCAGAUCCUCCUUUGCUGCCCCAGCAGCUCCACGGACCAGGUGAAAGCUGAUCCUGCAGAACGGGGGUGAGGGUUCCCCAGCUGGCUGGGGACACCUGUGUCGACACAGGAGGUGAUGGAUGUGGGGGAGAGCAGGGUCAGGCUUUAAAUCCACGCCGGAGCUGUGUAGGGUUACAGUGCGCCUGCAGUCACGCUCAGGGAAACGCACGCAGUGCCUGCUAAUUGGGGAAAUGGCCCUAUUAAUGAAAAGAAAUUUCCUCAGCUCACUUCAGAUAGAUGAGUGCCACGGUGGAGAGAAAGAAUUUUGGGUUGAGAUGGAUGUGGUUGUGCUGCCAGAAUCCUGCUCAGGUGUUUUGAAACGCCUGCAGGGAGUGGGCAGCGGGGGUCGGGCUGUGCCCGGCUCAGCCUGUUGGGAUGGCAGGAGCUUUGUGGCGGCACAUUGGAGCGAUAAAUCACUGGAAUGUUCCUGUCUGAUGGGAGCUGAGUCGGUGGGUGGAGGAGGGAGAUGCCUUUCAGUGAACUGCUGUUUCACUGUCCAUCCUGUACCAGGCAGGACUGGGAGGAUACCUAGGGAUUUGAGAAACAGAUACCAUGACUUCAUCCGACUGAAAUGGACCCUCUGGAGUUCAGUCACAAUAACUUUUACCUCUCUUUCAAAAAUCUUGGAGUAUGAACCUGAGGCAUUGAUACAAUCUCUUUCUUUUCCUGACUAUUCUCUUCUGUCUGGGAUGGAGGGAAGGGAAGAGAGAAGGGGUCGGUGAUGAGGUCAGUGAUGAGGGUGCUGACACUGUGGGACAAUAUGGACUUUACACAGUAAAAAGCUGGGAACUGCAGCAGUGUAGCAGUGGGCACAAGUAACUGUGAAACAUGAUGCCCAGAGCUCUGACUUGGUGAACUGACUGGGGGGGGUGAGGGGAGAAUGCAGAUGACGCAUUUGAUUUUUAAAAAAGAGGAAAGUGUUGACAGAAACUCUAUCUUGAUUAAGGGCAGUAGGAAAGCAUUCGAUUCCAGCCAUGUCUCCAGCUCAGUUACAGUUGGUUUUGGCUCUGAUUCUUCUGUUUGCCUUCUUUGGGCCCUACCUUGACAUCUUCACAGCCGUGGUAGCCGGUGCUUCUCCAGUGCCAUUCUUCCCUUUGGCUAUUGCAGUUCUGCUCAGGGGAGCUGGAGGUUUCUCAGUGCAGCCAUCCUCAGGUUGUGACCAGACGUGAUACCCCCGAACGCUGCAUUCCCUUAUUCAUGGAGCACACGCCAUCUGGGUCGAACCUUGUGUGGUCUGCCUAGACAGAUGGUUUAGGGCUGAGGCUGCCUGGAUUAGGAGAUACGCUGCCUUGGAGCUGAUUGGGCUCAUAAAAGCAAAGUUCAGGUGAUUUCCUCAGGGAGGGUUUUAUAACAUCCUCGUGGGCCUUGCCUUGCAGCUGUGCGAGGCACUGCCAAAGCACCUUUGCGAAAGGGUUUUGAUGUGAUUUCAGAGUUUAUAACUUUGUCACUGGCUUUAUUCCUGUUCCGUUGAGUUUAAUAUCACCUGUUGACACAGGGACUCCUCUUGCUGUCAGUGCUCCAUUAAUUAACUGCAGGGACUGUUUGACAUGGUCACAGUGCUCGGUUUGUUUAUAGCCUGGCCAGCCUUGGGCUAGUGCUGUGGAAUGCAGGAGGGCCUGACACUGCCCUCCUUCUGACUUUUUGCCCAGUAACAAUGCUCUACAGAGCCAUUUUCCUGCUUUGAAAAUCAAUUUACUCUCUAGAAGAGCACCUUUGUGUCAUUAGUUCUUGUUUGUAGCCCUUCAGAGGGAGACAGGCUGUGCUUUACAGUGCUCUGGAGUGAAGCUCAUCAAUUUUGUAAAUCCUGUAAUGAUAAGAACUCUUCUUUGUGUGGUGGUGAGGGAAGGAAGUGCAAAUCAGUUGCUUUCUGGAAAAGACUCACACUUUACUUUGUCUUAAAAAUACAAUUCUAGCACCUACAGGUACAAAGAAACCCCUCAAAACCUGAUCUUCCUGAUAGUUCUGAACCUGCAAAUGUCAACAGUGGUGAGAUCUCCUUAGCUUUGCCAAUCAGCAGUAGAAUAAAACCCUGCAUUGCUCAAGAGGCAUUUUGCCCAAAGGUGUGAAGUGCAAGAAAGGGGAGUUGUACAAAAGGCUGUCCCAGUGCCUCUCCCUAGAAACCCCAUGGUGGAAGAGAGGUGGGGGGUGAUUGCACUGACAUGCUGUUGUUGUCUAAACAACUGUAGUGGUGCAGGCAGAGGACUCCUGGGGACAGUGUGACAGCAAAGAUGGCGAGAUCAGAAUCCCGUUACUCCUUUGAUGUCCCAAACCCCUGCAUCAACUUUGCAACUCUGAAUGAGGAUGAUGCUGAUGUGCACAAUGCAGACUCCUGGUUUGACCUAAAAGCCAAUAUGGAGAAUAUCCCUCCUGCAGAAAAUGUGGCAAAGCUCUCACAGAGCAGCCCUGCUUAUACAAAGCCUGAUGUUCUGUCUAUCUGCACAUCACAAGGAGCAGCAAUGAAUGAAAGCAAUGGUGAAGCAGAGGAUGCACAGACCCACACGGUCUCUCAGAACAUCGUUGGGUCCCUGGCGACCUGGAGAGCUGCUGCCCCUGCAGAGGCCCCUCAGAGGGUGGGCAAGAGAGCGGCUACGAAGCCAAGAAAAACCCAGCAGCGCAAGCAGCCAGGGAGAAUCAAAGCAGAGAGAAUUGCUAAUGCUCUGGAUAAUAAGGAAGAGGUUCCACCUCUGAAGAAAAUGAGAAUUUCUGGCAGCAGAGAGGAGACAGAAGAAUCCACAAAGGCAGAGCCUUCACAGGAUCCUGACCUGUCCCCAGGGAGAGAGAAAAGCAAACCAUUCAUGCCCUCCACGCCAACAGUGUUGAAGAGGACCAAACCUUCUAGCAAGCUGAAGAGUACAGAAGAGCAGGAACUUGAAAAGAUGCAGCAGUUGCAGCAGGAGGUUAUGGAGCUGCGGAAGAAGAAUGAGGAGUCUCUGAAAGCAGCUAUUGCCGGAGCAGGACAACUUGUGAAGAGACCCGUUGGUCAAGUAACAAAGCCAAUUGAUUUCCACUUCUGCACGGAGAAUAGGAUUAAACAGAAUGUGGAAAGCCAGCCUGGGAAUGAGUACAAGGAGCUGGAUUUUGCAGCAGUGCUCAGGAAGCAUCCCCCUUCUCCGAUCCGAGUGCCAAAGGGACCCACUGUCCCCAAGCCUUUCAAUCUGUCCCAGGGAAACAAAAGAAAACUCGAAGAAACCACAUCAGAGUACGUGCCCUUUGCCGAGCAGGUAGAAGCAUUCCAGAAACGCACACCCUCUCGUUACCACCUGAGGAGCAGAAAACCUGAGGAAGAAGGCCAAGUUUCAGGCAAGUCGGUGAAGCCUCAGCUCACAUGUGCCAAAACGCCAGUGCUCCGAACAAAGCAGCGCUCGAGACCUGUCACCUGCAAAACUGCAGCAGAGUUAGAAGCAGAGGAAGUAGAGAAAAUUCAACAGUACAAAUUCAAGGCGCGAGAACUCAACUACAAAAUCUUUGAGGGUGGGCCACUCCUGCCCAAGAAGCCCUGCGUGAGGAACGUCACCCAGCCCGUUGGCUUCGAGCUGGAAACAGAGAAAAGGAUUCAGGAGCGUGAGAGUAAGAAGCGGCAGGAGGAAGAGCGCUUCGAAUUCCACUCCAGGCCGUGUCCCACAAAAAUCCUGGAGGAUGUUGUGGGUGUUCCGGAGAAGAAAGAACUUCCUUGUACGAUCCCCAAGUCUCCAGCCUUCGCUUUGAAAAGCAGAACCCGCGUGUCUGCCAGGGAGGAAGAAAAGGAAAAGGAGGUGGUGCCUGUGAUCAAAGCUAACCCUAUGCCACAUUAUGGAGUGCCCUUCAAACCCAAAAUGCCAGAGCAGAGGCAUGUGGAAGUUUGCCCCUUCUCUUUUGAUGCCCGGGACAAAGAGCGGCAAAUACAAAAAGAGAAGAAAAUAGAAGAAUUUCAGAAGGAAGAGGUGCCGAAGUUCAAAGCGCAGCCUCUGCCUUACUUUGACCAAGUCAAACUGCCAGAGAAGAAGGUCAAAGCCCCAACCCAGCCUGAACCAUUCCAUCUGCAGGUGGAUGAACGGGGAGCUGCCAAGCUCGAGAGCUGGAAACAUCAGCUCCAAGAAGACUUGAAAAGGCAGAAAGAGGCAGCGUGUUUUAAAGCUCGUCCCAACACAGUGGUGUACCAGGAGCCUUUCAUGCCCAAAAAGGAACAUAAACUACUAGCAGAGAGCCUUUCUGGUUCUGUAGUUCCUGAAAGCUUUGAGCUGGCAACGGAAAGGAGAGCAAAAGAACGGCAAGAAUUUGAAAAGCGAUUGGCAGACGCAGAAGCCGUAAGGGAGAGGUACCAGGAGAAGAUCAGGCAGGAACAAGAGGAGCGUGAAAAGGAAGAAGUUGCUAAGCUAAGGCAAGAAAUGGUUCACAAGGCAAACCCAAUACGGAAAUACCGCAGCGUAGAAGUGAAGCCCAGUGAUCAGUUACUGACUUUGCCAAAGUCUCCCAACUUCUCAGACAGAUUCCGGUGCUGAUGAGCAUCCACGUGAUCCUAGGAGGGAGAUCCCAUCCCUCUCCACUCCCGUGGUAGGAGAGAGGGAGCAGUUGUUUUUCUGUGACUCUGCCUGAACUCCCGCGCUUGGUUCCUUUGUACUGAAUAGUUUAACUCCACUUGAGCCCGUGGCAUCCCACCUAACUAAAUAAAGUUUCCUACUAUGA